UCUUAAACCUGUUUGAGAAACGUAGAAAACUUGGAAAGUGGAGCACGUGUAUUCGUGUAUUGACUUUAAAACUGUUAGUUAUUCAAAUCACACCAGUCAUACGUGUAGGUUUAAUGAUUUCAGACAAAAUCGGAAGUUCUGCCGCAUCUCGAAAAUCAAAAGAUGUAGAUGCCAACAUUUAUUGGAAAGCAACGAAUGGAGAAGUUGAAAUCCCGGAGAGUGAGGAUACCAUUGACAGUGACAUUCUGAAGAUUGCAGGAAAGAUUUCAAGAAAGAUAGAAAGAAAAGAGAGAAAACACAGAACGAAAGACAGGUUGAAUGGAACAGCGAAUGUGACACAUCAAAAGCAGAAUCCAAACCUUAGUCCUGUAAUGCCAUCAGACAGAAAAAGAAAGUCUAAGCAGAGGAUCGAAUCUUCAGAUAUGUCUCCCUCAAAGAAGACACAAAAGGAGGAGUUGGAAAGUGUGCCUUCUCCCAAAAAGAAAGUGAAACAUAAAGUAUCGCAGGGUGACAAUGAAUCUGUAACUACGUCAACAGACAAUGGUCUGUCCAUUUCCUCAACCAGUGAAACAUUCUCUUCACGAAAGAGAAAACUGAAAGACAGUGAAGAUAAGGACAGAUCUGUGUCUAGUAAAAAGAAAAAGAGAAAAGAGGAAAAGUCAAACUCUAGAGAUGAUGUCACAGAAUCUGUCAAGCGUGUUGUGGACUCUGGUGGUUCUGACGAGAGUGACAGUGAAGGAGCACCAGCAGGGAACCCAGCACAGCUCCACGACUUCAGAUUCCAGAGGAAGGGUUUUAAGCAGGUUGAUGCAUCCUUCACUAAAAAACCAGUUUUGUCCGAAAACCUACCAAAUGACUCGGAGCUCUGGUUAAUCACAGCUCCAUGCGACUUAGAUAUGUCAGACUUGCACAACCAGAAACUGUCUUUGUCUGGUAAAAUGACAAAUCUAGAUUUUUCUGAUCAGAAGUGUGAUGUUGCAGUGUGUCGACAACCAUCAGAGUUAUGCCCCUUGGUCAUCAAUCAGUCCACAGGACAUUUACAGCAGGGAAGCAGUUUUGUGGGCCAGCUACAGAUCAUGAGCAGUAUAGACAUCCCCCCUGUCCCCCACAUACAGACCUCUCCAAAGAAGGAGCACACCAUUCCAGACACCCUCAGACAGAGAUUUGUACCGUUUGGAGCAGAUGAUCCAGAACCUGUUGUAAUGCCGAAAUCUAAGAAGAAGAAAAAACAUAAGAAAGAUCACAAAGAAGUCACAGACAUUGAUCACAAAGAAAUCAGAGAGGUGGAUCACAGAAAGCAGAAGAAAAAGAAGAAAAAGAAAAGGGACUGAUUCUUGUCAACAUGUUUAAGAUAAAUUUAUGACAUUUUGUGUUUAUUUGUUUUGUGUUUGUCUCUGUAUCAAACAAAUAGAGUUUAAGACAAUGGAUAAUUAUAUUGUGUUCAUGAGAAAACAUAAGUUUUGGGGGAAAUGUAAAAAGUGAUCACCAAA